CUCAGUUUAGAUUUGAAGUGAGAGCCUAGCUGCCCAGCCCAUUCCCAUCCCCAUCCCAAAGGAACACAAUAGUCUCGAAAAUUCCUUCCUUCUUUGGAGUACUUCAGAUUCCGAUCGCCGGGCCUCCGUGUGCUCCGCCGUCUCACGAGCAGUGUCUGACUCGUGCCGUGUUUUCUCCCCAGCUUUGGCCCUCCCCUAAUUCAUAGAUAGCAAUCAUGUUUUUUGAUGGAUAUGGUUACCAUGGAACAUCGUUCGAGCAAUCAUAUCGGUGUUACCCUGCAUCUUUUAUUGAUAAGCCUCAAAUAGAAAAUGGUGACAAAAUUAUAAUGCCUCCAUCUGCCCUUGAUCGCCUUGCAUCUCUACAUAUUGAGUAUCCAAUGCUAUUCGAACUUCACAAUGCUGCAGCAGAGCGGGUUUCUCAUUGUGGUGUUCUGGAGUUUAUUGCAGAAGAAGGCAUGAUAUAUAUGCCAUAUUGGAUGAUGGAAAAUUUGUUGUUGCAAGAAGGAGAUGUUGUGCGGGUGAAAAAUGUUGCUCUUCCUAAGGGCACAUAUGUAAAACUGCAACCACAUACAAAAGAUUUCCUGGAUAUUUCCAACCCAAAAGCCAUCUUGGAGACAACACUGAGGAACUUCUCUUGCUUAACAACGGGAGAUAGUAUCAUGAUGGCUUAUAACAAUAAAAAGUAUUAUAUAGAUAUCAUUGAGACAAAGCCAGCUAGUGCUAUAAGUGUUAUUGAAACAGACUGUGAAGUUGACUUUGCUCCUCCUCUUGAUUAUAAGGAGCCUGAAAGACCUGUUUCUUCUCUCCCAAACAAGUCUGCUGAAGGCGAAGAGGGUCCAGUCGAGGACAUACCAAAAUUCAACCCUUUUACCGGUGCAGGAAGGCGUUUGGAUGGGAAAUCAUUGAACUAUAACCCUCCACCCAUUUCCCCCUCUGGAAUCAAACCUGAUGCAUCCAAAUGUAUUGGCCAGUCUUCUUCUUCUGCUGCUGCUGCAGCAUCAAGCUCUCAAAGUAGAAACAGUCAGUCGCAAGGCAAGCUCGUGUUUGGCUCAAAUGGGAACCGCAAUCGUGAAUCAGCAAAGCAAGAACCGGCAAAAGAAGAACCUCAGAAGAAAGAAGAGCCAAAGUUUCAACCUUUCACAGGAAAAAAGUACUCUCUAAGGGGUUGAUGGUAUUGAUGUCCAUCAUGUUAAUUAUAUAUCCUGCAUCUGUGAAAGUGAUUUCCCUGUCCCAAAAUUGUGAAUGAUAGAGAUCUGUCACUUGUUGAUACCUUUUGGUGGUUUUUUGCCUUGUGGUUAAACUUGAUGAACAUCCUUUUAAUAUGGCAUGUGCAGUCAAUUGAUAGACUACAUAGUUAUGA